AUGUCUACUCCUGGUCGCAUCGUAGAGUGGACCGCGAGCGACGGACGAAAAGGCAGGCUCACGGGCACCGGCAAACCACGACUCACUGCAGCCAGCCUUGCGAAGGUACCUUCUGAACAGCGGUCGGCAAAGGAGCUAGCAGGCGCGAAAGGCACCCCGAAGAAACCAGCUUCGACCAAGCCCGCCGCCAAUGGAGACGACCCUUGGGCUGGUAAUGGGUGGGGUGACGUCAAUGCAAAGAGCGAAUCGAAGAAGUCGAGCUCGAAGAAGGCCUCAAGUAACAAAGGUGAUGCAUGGGUCGUACAGGAAUCGGGCAAUGACACAAGCGAUCCUCUCGCAGCCACCUGGGGCACUACCCCAGAUGCUACAGGUGGCGACGACAACAAAGAGAAGAAAGAUGACCCCGCAGAUGCUUGGAACACACCGAUUGCCCCAGAGAACGACAUAGCCCCACAAGAUGAUAGCAAGAAGGACGGCGAGUCCAAUGAAUGGACAAAAGAGCAAGACGAGAAGCUGAUGCAGAUGAAGGAUGAUUCAAAGAUUACCUGGGCUAAGAUAGUCGAAGAAUUUGGUAAAGCUGAGCAUGAAUGCAAACGCCGCUUCAAGGAUAUCAAGCCGAAGGAUUGGAAACCAAGUGGGGCCAAACAGGGAGGUGAAAACAAGAAGGGGAAGAAGGGGAAGAAAGCAGAUCAGAACGAUGGAAACAACAAGGAUGAUAAGAAAAAAGAAGAGAAGAAGGAUGAGGAAACGGGGGAUGAUGGCGGUUUAUUGGGUCUCACGUUUGGAGAAGAUACUGGUAACAGCAAAGACGAGUCUGGUGACAAGAACAAUUCUGGGGACAAAGCACCCGAUGUAUGGGGCGGUAAUGCAGACUGGGACUUCACUGGGGGAAAUGCUGCAGGUACUGGUACGAAUGCUUGGGAAACCCAAGUUGGAUGGGGUACUGGCGCCACUACAGGUGGCGGAGACGGCGCGAAUGAUGCUGGUGCGAGCUGGGAUAACACCGGUGGAAACAACUGGGGUACAGGGACGAACAACAACCAGAAAACCAACACCGGCGGCGGUGCCGGAGAUGCGAAAGCUUCAGCGCAGAAAGCCCCAUCAAACAAAGUGCCUCCGCGAGCGCCCCCUCAGCCCAAUGCUAGCGACGGCAACAACAACAACACCCGUCCCAUCGCCGCUCGUCCUCUCGAACUCGAAGUAAAACCCGACGAUACGUUCUCCGCCGAUGACUUGCGUCUAGUCGCUCGCAUCUUACAACAAGAUUGCUCAAUGGUAUGGAAUAGGGUCAGCUGGCGAUUCAGGGACAAGACAGGCAGGACGCUUCAUCCUGAUGAGUUCGAGAAGAAGAUCACUGGGCGUCUAGAGGGCAAAGGUAGCGAGACGGGUGAGCGGAGGCGGUAG